UCGUUUCGCGUGGAUAGUUCAGUUGAGUUUGAUGAGUGUUUCUGGGUGUUUCUGAAUUAUUUCAGCUAUUUUAGCUUUUAUUUUGUCUCUAGUUUAGGAAAGUGGGAUAUUCCAGGCCUAUUUUCAAGUGUUGCAAUGACAACUGUCCCUAAAGCGGCGUGCAGUACACAGUUAAAGAGCAAGGUAGCCGCCCAGCACGCAAAGCAAGAUGUGUGAAGAUAUAGGGAGAUAUGAUCGGAUUUGCGCAGAAGGGUCACUCACAAUCAGAGUCCCAGCCGCCAAUCGUAUUGUCACCGCUGCGUCACGGGUAUCGGCGGCAGUGGCGCCCGACCCUGCUAUCGGGCCGCCCGAUAAUGGCCGUCGUUCGCCGAGAUAGCCGCCCCGGUCGGGCCGCCCCUCCGGCGCGCUGGGACAGAGGAGCUGCCCGCGGAGCGCGCCGGAGCCGUGAGCGAGCCGCGACGGAGCCGUGAGCGAGCCGUGAGCGCGGGCUCUGCCGAGGGAGCGGCAUGGCCAGCUCCAGCAUGGAGCAGGGCGGCGGACCUCCGCCCGUCAUGACACCGGCUUGGUCCGAUGUGGAUCUGGACGGUGAGUCAGCCGACGUGACCACGCCGCCGGCGGCGCUGUACUCGCUGACCCGGUGGCAGGCCGACCUGCAGGGCGCGCUGCGGCCCGGCCGCUGGCUGCCCGGCCUGCGCACGCCGCACAUGUUCGAGGAGACGUGGCGGGCCGGCUCCACGCCCAGCGUGUGCCUGCUGGCGCUGGUCCGCGCCGCCAAACAGCUCCGCGCCGGCGUCAAGUGCCAAGUGAAAACCAUGUCGGAGUGGUCGAGCCAGGCGCGGGCGACGCUGCACUUUUUCACGGCCUCGCUGAGCUGGCUGGACGUGGUGGACGUGGACUUUGUCUCCGUGGACGGCUCCACCAUUAUCACGCUGCGCUCCUUCUCCUCGGGCCUGCUGCCCGUCAGCCUGCCGCUGGCGCCUCUCCUCAACGCGUGCCUGUUCUUCUUCCCGUUUUACGAUUUCGACCAGAACCGGUGCUGGAUCGGCGCGUUGAAGCAGGUGUUUGACCUGGAGAUCACCCUGAUGCGCCAGUACCGGCCCUGCUAGUGACCAGUGACCGGCGCUGGGGCCUGGGUGCGGCGGCCUGCGGACGGCCAUGUGUGGCCGGUGAUAGCACCCGUCCCCGUCCCUCUGGGUGGACGAGGACCCGGCGGUGGACCGGAGCCGGGCCUGUCUGCGGGUCAGUAAUGCGGUCUCUUUGCGCCGGGUCCAUAAUCGGCGCUGGAUGGGGCCGGACGACCGAGGGGGCGGCGGUGUUCCGAGGCACCAUUAUUCCGGCUGAUGUGAUGCAGGGGGUGUAUGUAGAUAAGGCGUGUUUGUGUGUUGGGAUGCUGUGAUGCCGGCACCGGAAAUGCGUGUAUAUUAGAGACAGCUGCAAAAUAGUGUAUUCCUUGGUUAAGCUGAACUGUGUGAGGUGACUUUAGCAGUGCUGUGAUUGUGGCGCAAUUUAUCAUCGACAGAAACAGUGUCGUGAUUUUUACCUGCCGUUACAAACCAGUUGUAACGGUUGGUACCUGCAUGUGGUUUAUCUACCUACAUGUAUUAUCUAUUGAUCAUUAUUUCAAUGAAAGUACCCAUUUCCACCUGAAUAACAUGUGUUAUCAGAAGUGCUAUACAAAGUCCACAUAUCAUGUAUACCUAUUACAUAUGCAUCAAUAAUACACGCGUUAUAAAUAAAAGCUCAGCACCA